GAGGUAUCUGGGCGCUGUAAGGUUGUCCGUAGAACCCUCUCGCGGUCAGAGGGGGCCGAGGAGUGAGGUGCAUGCCCCACCUCCCCAUUCCACCCCUCCCCAGGAGCCCUAGUCCGUGUGCUGAGGAGAGACUGGCGGGAGAGUAGGGCGUUCUCUGCGGAGAGCCCCGCGCCUCACUUCCGGUGGUGCAUUGACACUCUUGGAACCCGCAGGCAUGCCGGCACCUGUGAAUGAGACAUUUUUGUUACCGCAGCAGCGGUGCUGAGCGAGGAGCUUUGAAAAAUUAAAUAGUGCUCCCUAGAAGCAUCAAGAAGGAGAAUGUCUGUGACACUGCAUACAGAUGUGGGAGAUAUCAAGAUAGAAGUCUUCUGUGAGAGAACACCCAAAACCUGUGAGAAUUUCUUGGCUCUGUGUGCCAGUAAUUACUACAAUGGCUGUGUGUUCCAUAGAAAUAUCAAGGGCUUCAUGGUUCAAACAGGAGAUCCAACAGGUACUGGAAGAGGAGGCAGCAGUAUCUGGGGCAAGAAGUUUGAGGAUGAAUACAGUGAAUAUCUGAAGCACAAUGUUCGAGGUGUUGUAUCUAUGGCUAAUAAUGGCCCAAACACCAACGGAUCUCAGUUCUUCAUCACCUAUGGCAAGCAGCCACACUUGGACAUGAAAUAUACAGUGUUCGGAAAGGUAAUAGAUGGUCUGGAGACUUUGGAUGAAUUGGAGAAGUUACCAGUAAAUGAGAAGACUUACAGACCUCUUAAUGAUGUGCACAUUAAGGACAUAACUAUUCAUGCCAACCCGUUUGCUCAGUAGCUGUAAUAGGCCUGGCCACACACUGGCAAACACUUAACUGGGAAACGCCCAGUGUGGUUUAUCCAGUUCUGAGUCCAUCAGAGACUGGUCCUUCUGCUGGCAUCUACAGUACUGGGCUCCAUGCGGGAGCCCUGGGGUUCACGCCCCAUCUUGAACAUAUUCUGUGCCACGGCUGUCGCUCAAUAGGUUUACUUUAAAUAGAGAGCAGUGCCUUGUUUUUAUUA